GACAAACCUUAAUUAACAAUCGCGUAGACAAACUGUCCCUUCGCGGAUUCCGUAGUUGCGUGGGGUCUCCUGCAGUGCCAGUCCUGCAUCCGAGCUGGUUUAAUCGCUAUGUUAUUUGACUUUCCUAUGAGCUUCCGAAAGUGAUUUAUGUCUGUCCUGAAUUGACAGCAUAACUUCACCAGCUAUUUUCCCGACAGAAUCCUGUUUUGCUCGCACCUAGUGGCGUGUACUGAGGCGCGCGGUUGAGUUGACAUGGUUUAACAGUCGUUAGCUAACUAACUAGCUACUGUGGAACAAUGCUGGCGACGUUGUCGAGAGUUAAAACGCCUCGGUGGCUUUCUCCGGACGUACUUUCACCAUACGUGUUAGGACGAGGGGUUAGAGGAAACGAACUGAGCUCGUUCAGUCACGGCAGUCCUCCAGUACCAGCGGCGUGGAGACCGAAAGUCGCCGCCGGUAUCAGAGAUGUCAGCACCUCCCGCACGCUGUGCGCCAAAGUCCGAGGAAACCAGAAGAAGAGGGAGCUCUCAGAAAAGAAGCUGACCCGUCACUUUGUAGACCAUCGCCGUGUGAAGCUGGUGGCUGGGUCAGGCGGUAAAGGUGCCUGCAGCUUUCACAGUGAGCCCCGAAAAGAGUGGGGUGGACCGGAUGGAGGGAAUGGAGGUGAUGGAGGAAGCAUCAUUAUCAAGGCUGAUCGGUUUGUCAAAUCAUUGGCGCAAGUAGUUCCAGUUUACAAGGGAGAGGUUGGGCAAUCGGGGGGCAGCAAGAACUGUUAUGGUCGGAAUGGCAGCCCAGCCUAUAUUUGUGUACCAUUAGGCACCGUGGUGAAGGAGCAGGGCAAAAUGAUAGUGGACCUUUCUGAACAUGGGCAGGAGUAUCUGGCUGCAUUUGGAGGAGCCGGAGGGAAGGGAAAUCGAUUCUUUCUUUCCAAUGAGAACCGUGCCCCAAUGACAGCAACCUCAGGAAUGGCAGGUGAGGAGAAGGUCCUUCAGCUGGAGCUACGCACCAUGGCACAUGCUGGGCUGGUGGGGUUUCCUAAUGCUGGGAAAUCAUCUUUGUUGAGAGCCAUCUCCAAUGCCAGGCCUGCUGUGGCUGCUUACCCUUUUACAACACUCAAUCCACAUGUAGGAGUUGUCAAUUACAGAGACCAUGAGCAAGUUGCAGUUGCUGACAUCCCAGGCAUCAUUCAAGGAGCCCAUCUAAAUCGAGGCCUGGGCAUCUCUUUCCUGCGUCACAUAGAGCGCUGUCGUUUCCUCCUCUUUGUUCUGGAUCUGUCGACUCCGGAGCCCUGGACUCAGCUCCAACACUUGCGUUAUGAACUGGACCAGUAUGAGCCUGGUCUGUCCCAGCGGCCUCAGGCCAUCAUAGCCAACAAAAUGGACCUACCUGAGGCCCGGGAGAAGCUUGAGACUCUAAGUAGCCUCGUCAUCGAACGGGUCAUCCCCGUGUCAGCUCUUACGGGACAAAACACAGAGGAGCUCAUCCUCCAUCUCAGAGAGCUGUAUGACGGCUACCUCCAAGGAGAAGGUAGUGGGGAAGGCAAACCCACUAGGUGGUAGAAAAAACUAUUUUCCCUUGCUCUACUGAUAUCUCUGUAAAAAUAUUUAUACUGUAAGAUAUAAAAUGUAUUUUAAAUUGCUUAAUAAAUAUAUAAACACAACAAAAUUCAAU